AUGGCAGACGUUGGCAAGCCUGAGACGGCGCCAGCCACGACUACCCAGGCUCGUCACGACGAGAAGGUCGAGGACACGGGUGCGGCCGUCCAGCUCGCCCACGAUGUCGAGACCGAGGCUUACUCCCCGUGGACGCCUCGGAUGUUCCGUCUCUACCUUGUGCUUGUGGUUGCCUAUCUCUGCGGCUGCCUCAACGGGUACGACGGCAGUCUCAUGGGCGGUCUCAAUGGCAUGAAGAGCUACCGAAACUUCUUUGGCAUGAAGGUCGCAGACUCUAGCACCGGCCUCGUCUUCGCCAUGUAUAAUAUUGGCUCCGUUGCGGCAGUCUUCUUUACUGGACCCGUCAACGACUACUUUGGCAGAAGGAAACAACAGAUCGGCAUGUUCAUCGGCGCACUGAUUAUCAUCAUUGGAACCUGCGUCCAGGGGCCAUGCCAUACUCGUCAGCAGUUCCUCGCAGGACGGUUCGUCCUGGGUUUCGGUGUCAGUUUCUGCUGCGUUAGCGCCCCUUGCUACGUCAGCGAGAUGGCUCACCCCAAGUGGAGAGGCACCAUCACCGGCCUGUACAACUGCACCUGGUACAUCGGGUCGAUCAUCGCCAGCUGGGUCAUCUACGGCUGUUCGUUCAUCGACUCGAUCGACGCGUGGCGCAUCCCCAUCUGGUGCCAGAUGAUCACGAGCGGCAUCGUGCUCGUCAGCGUGCUGUGGCUGCCCGAGUCGCCGCGGUGGCUCAUGGCCCAGGACCGGCACGACGCGGCGGCGCACGUGCUGGCGACCUACCACGGCGAGGGCAGCCUCGACCACCCGAUGGUGCAGCUGCAGCUCAAGGAGAUGAUGACGCAGAUCGCGACCGAGGCGUCGGACAAGAAGUGGUGGGACUACCACGAGCUGUGGAACACGCACUCGGCGCGCCGGCGGCUCAUCUGCGUGCUGGGCAUGGCCUGGUUCGGCCAGUCGUCGGGCAACUCGCUCAGCAGCUACUACAUGGUCGCCAUGCUGCAGUCGGCCAACAUCACCGAGGAGCACAAGGUGCUGGCCCUCAACGGCAUCAACCCGGUGCUGUGCCUCUUCGGCGCCGUCCUGGGCGCGCGCAUGACCGACGUCAUCGGCCGCCGGCCCCUGCUGCUCUACACGACCGUCUUCUGCGCGUGCUGCUUCGCCAUCAUCACGGGCACCUCCAAGAUGGCGACCGACGACCCGCACCAGACGUCGGCGGCCAACGCGACCAUCGCCUUCAUCUUCAUCUUCGGCGUCGUCUUCUCCUUCGGCUGGACGCCCCUGCAGUCCAUGUACAUCGCCGAGACGCUGCCCACGGCGACCCGCGCCAAGGGCACCGCCGUCGGCAACCUGGUCUCGUCGGCCGCCGGCACGGUGCUGCAGUACAGCUCCGGCCCGGCGUUUGAGCGGAUCGGCUACUACUUCUACCUCGUCUUCGUCGGCUGGGACCUGUUCGAGGCCGCCUUCAUGUACUUCUUCUUCCCCGAGACCAAGGACCGCACGCUCGAGGAGCUCGAGGAGGUGUUUGCGGCGCCGAACCCGGUCAAGAAGAGCCUGGAGAAGCGCGACGCGCACACGGUGCUCAACACGCUGCAGGUCGAGCGCGGGGUGGGGUCCAAGGAGGACUACGUCUGA